GAUCGUAAAGGCUCGGCUGGUUCGCAGUCUCCUGACGAAAUUAUUCGCGAUCUUCGACAACAACUUAAAAUGUCUCAGGAAGCCGAGAAGGAGAUGUCAGUCCUGCUGAGUAUGUACAAGGUCAUCCCCAAGGACCAGCGCGACAAGGCGGCGCUGCUGCAAGCCGAGGCGAAGCUGCGCGCGGAGUUGUCGGAGGCGCGGUCCGAGAUCGCAGCCCUGCAGUCCGCCAACGCCGAUCUCCAGACCCGGUGCGCCCAGCUCCAACGCGAGUGUCGCGCUGUUCCCGCGCAAACCCUGAAGAAGGAAUCCGAGGAGCCGCUUGACUUGGGUGAAAAGAAGGCCACCGUCGAUGCCCAGUCGUCAGAACCCUCGCCAAGGGACGGAGCCACGGCCCUUUCUAAUAGCGUUGGGUCGAGUACUAAUGCCACCAACGCUGCAUACCAGUCCUCCUCCCCCUCGUCCACGUUCAAGACGUCGAUCUCGCCGGAAGGCGACAAAACAGCAACUCCUGCAUCCGCCCCACCUCCGCCUCCACCUCCACCACCCCCUCUUCCUCUUAUGCCUCCGGUUCCCAGGAAAACGUCCAACCUGGAGGAAGAAAAGAAGGCCUGGCGUGUUGCGGGACUUCAACAGGAGCUUCUGCAUACUCAGCGGCGUUGUCAUUCUCUUGAACAACGUGUUGGCAUCCUCCAGCAACACCUCAUCACGGCUAAACAACAGGAAGACGUCAUGCUGAAGGAAAUGGAGGUUACAGGUCAGGCGUUUGAGGAUGUUCAGGAGCAGAAUGUGCGUCUGUUGAAGAGCCUCCGGGAGAAGGAUGACGCGAAUUUGAAUCAAAUGACCGAGUGGAUGAAGACGAGUCAGCUGGCGCGUUUGCUGAAGGAGGAGAAGAAGCUGCUGGAUGAACAAGUGCGUCUAAUGCAGGCCAAGAUAGAGGCGCUCACUCGUGCCAUACAAAAACAGGAAGAUAAGGCGAGUUUUCACUCAUACUUCUCAGAGCGCCUACUCUUGACCAAUCUGGAGACUCUCGAGAAGGAGGCCGCGUCGCGCCAGCAAUCGCAGGAGGCCUAUAAGCGUAAAUCGGUUGAGUGCCAACAAAGGGAGGAAGACCUACGCGUCACUGUACAGAAGUACCUCGGCCAACUGAACGAGGCGCAGACAACCGUGCAAGAGAAGGCCUCGGCCUACGAACAGGUCUCCUUCCGACACCAGCGGCUCCAGGAACAGCUGACGUGUCCGACGUGCAAGACAAACAAGAAGGACGCCAUCCUGACCAAGUGUUUCCACGUCUUCUGCCUCAACUGCCUGAAGACGCGCUACGAGACGCGCAAUCGCAAGUGCCCCAAAUGCAAUGCAACCUUCGGCGCUAACGACUACCAUCGCAUUUACCUAACCUGA